GGAACCAGCGUCUGCUGAACGGGUGGUUUAGCGUGCAGGCGAGUGCAGACCUGCCGGAUACAGUGGAGAGAGUGUCUCAGUUGUUAAAACACUUUUCUUUUUCUUUUUUUAAUUUUGAGUCUGUAAACCAUUUGGUUUUCGACUUCGUGAAGACAAACCCUCGCCACUUCCACCGCAGAGACGGCGCCGGCUACCGCCUCCUCGCAGGCGUCAUUCUCAAGGCCCGCAAACCCUAA